CUUUCUGUUGAAUGUGGUGGAGUCACUUACUCGAGACCAGGCUGCCUGCCGUAUUUAUUCUGGCAGUCCAGUGCUGUGCACUCUACACCGAGUAGUGGAGGAGGAAGAAGAGCGGACCACUGCGACGCAAGCCAAAGUGUUUCACCUGUUUCACGUGAAAGCUACCACUCAGCGAUCAACAUGGCAAACAAAGGUCCGACAUACGGUAUGAGCCGUGAACUUCAGAGCAAAAUGGAUAAGAAAUAUGACCCGGAACUGGAGCAGAGGCUUGUGGAGUGGAUCAUCGCGCAGUGUGGCCCCGGAGUCGGUCAGCCUUCAACACCGGACAAGACGGGCUUCCAGCAGUGGCUCAAGGACGGAUGUGUGCUGUGUGAGCUCAUCAACAGUCUACAUGGAGCCAACAAGCCCAUCAAGACGAUCAAGUCUUCCGGCAUGGCGUUCAAGCAGAUGGAGCAGAUUGCCGUCUUUCUCACAGCCGCUGAACGCUACGGAGUCACCAAAACCGACAUGUUCCAGACAGUGGACCUCUUCGAAUCCAAAGACCUGUCUGCCGUCCAAAGGACUCUGAUGGCUCUUGGUAACUUGGCUGUCACAAAGGAUGAUGGGCAUUACAAAGGAGACCCGAACUGGUUCCACAAAAAAGCACAGGAGAAUCGGAGGGAAUUCACCGAUGAGCAACUGAACGAAGGGAAAAGCAUCAUCGGUCUGCAGAUGGGCACAAAUAAAGGUGCAUCUCAGGCUGGCAUGACAGGCUACGGACAGGGCAGGCAGAUCAUCAACAACAACCCCUGAACCCGCCCAGCCCCCGCCGAAACCCUCCUCCCUCCGGCGGUGGCAAACGCCGAGCAGCCAGGAGGGAGAAAGUCGGACUCUGACCUUGGCGAUGAGGAAAAAUGUGACCUACGUGUUUUCAGGACUAAACUGGAUCAAAAUAGGGACCAAAGAGAAGAUGUGCACUAACCCAACACACACACACACACACAUUUUAUGUUGAGCACAUACAGAAAUUGAAAUUUAAAAAAGAGUUAUCUUUACAAAUAAAACAUUUGAAAAUGCAUUUUGCUGAUGGAUCAUUAAAAAUAUUUUGUUUGUUUGAACCAACAUUGAACCUAAAAUACUGUAAAGAAUAAUCCAGGAAAUGCAGUUGCUGGGAAGAUUAAAAUAUAUCUAAAAUGAUAUUGCAGAGAUUCGACGCUUGCAUGAAGAGAAUUAAUCCAUCACUUAAUAAUCACUUAUAACUUAAGUCUUUGGCGAGUUGUUUUUUUUUUUUCAUAUAAAUUCUUGACAUCACUGUGGCGUGAGUCUGCAGUCAAGAGUUUGUUUCAAAUGUCGACCUCUUGGUACAUUCAUAGACACAUCGAGCUUUGACAGAUACAGUCAUCACAUUAUUUAUUUCACACUGUCUUUGUUGGCUAUUUGUUCAAAUGCAUAUGUUACCUCUCCAACAGUGAUAACCUGAUCUUGUGAGUCUUACUGAAUGGUUACUUAUCUCAUGCAAGUGUUCGGUCUCAGUUGUUGUGUUGGGUACUGGAUUUAAAACUAAUGCUAAACUACAUCCAUCAAUUUUAAGUAAAUUCAUCGAAAGGUUGAAAAAUCAUGAAAUACAGGUUUGUGUGUUUUACCUGCGCCAUAAAAUAAUCCGCAGUUAGAGGAGUACUUUCUAACCAAAACGUCGGACCACCUUUAUUGCAACUAUUAGAUCACAUAUAAUCAUAACGAAUUUCAAAUAAAGUUUGACUUUACUUAAA